AUAUUUUCCUCCGCUGUCCGACGCGCUUUCUCCAGUUCUUUUUGCUCUCCACGCCAGCAAAGCAGCAAGCAACCAGCUACAGCAAUUCGUGAGACGAGAUAUUAUUCUUUUUCUACAUCAAUUCUUUUCUUUAGAUAGUACUAAGCGGUUAGCCAGCCAGUGCCCCUCCAGCAACAAUGUUCUCCCGAAGCCUGAGGUCAACAAUAACCCCACCUUGCUCGCCCUUCGCUUCUCGUCCCCUCUUCUCCAUCCCCAAUUGCAAGCAAUCUUCCUUCCUCUCUCUUCGUCCUUUCCAUCAAUCAUCCGCAGCCAUGUCUGGAAACACUCAAGCCUUCUUUGAAGUUCAGUACGCCCCCGUGGGCUCCAGUGCCCCCAAGACGGGCCGUAUCGUCUUCAACCUCUUCGAGAAGGACGUCCCCAAGACCGCCCGCAACUUCCGUGAGCUCUGCUCCAAGCCCCAGGGUGAGGGUUACAAGGGCUCUACCUUCCACCGUGUCAUCCCCCAGUUCAUGCUCCAGGGUGGUGACUUCACCCGCCACAACGGUACCGGUGGUCGCUCCAUCUACGGUGAGAAGUUCGCCGAUGAGAACUUCAUCUACAAGCACAACAAGCCCGGUCUCCUCUCCAUGGCCAACGCUGGUCCCAACACCAACGGCUCCCAGUUCUUCAUCACCACCGUUGUCACCUCUUGGCUCGAUGGCAAGCACGUUGUCUUCGGUGAGGUUGCCGAUGAGGACUCUAUGAAGGUCGUGAAGGAGAUCGAGGCUCUCGGCUCCUCCUCCGGCUCCAUCCGCUCCAACGUCAAGCCCACCAUCGUCAACUGCGGUGAGUUGGCAGUUAUGGAUGGAUGGUUAUUACGUAGGAGUGAGGGGUUUGAGGGCUGGCCGCUGGCCAAGGCUGGGGGAACUCAGCUGGGCUGAGCUAGUAAGCUAAAGUAUGAUGUGAUCGGAGAGGGAGUAUGGCGUAGUUGUUGUUCAUUUAGUGAGAGACAAAUUCCCCCAUAUUUGGUCUGUGACAUAGAUGAUAUCAAGG